AUGGAUGGAAGUCUAAUCUUUGAAGACUCAGUGGUAUUGCAGUCAGUUUGGACUAAUGCUCGAGAAAGAUUGGAAGAAAUUGAAUCACGUCAACAAUCUGAUUCUCGUCAAUCAAGUCAGUACAAUAGUUACUCUAGUCAACAUAGGCAUGUUACUAUAGACGAUGAAGAUGAUGAAGAAGAUGAACAAGACGAUGAAGAUGAGCCAAGUGAGACGUCAAAACAUGCACCUAUAUCGACAGGACCACGAUAUGUUGUCUGUAACACAUCAGCUACCGAUGUAACCGGUAAUACAGGUGGAAAUGGUCAGCAAAAUAUCCCCGAUAAUUCAAUGAAUGAGGAUAGUCUUGGAGGGUUGGAUGAUUUAGAUGAUGAGGAAGAUACUAUGGAUGAUCCAAUGGAUGAUGAUGACAGUGCCAGUCGAAGUUCUUUCAGUAGCAAAGCGAGACGCAUGUCACGUAAGCCAACGUAUUGUAUAUCUCGUACAACAAACAGUUCCGUUUCUGUUAUCUCAAAAACACAUCUUCCACCUGGAUCUCAUAAUCAUCCCCGUUCGUUAUCUGCUACUGAAUCUAGAGGAACAGUUUCUGUUGUUGAAUCCAUACGUAUCAACACAUCAACUGUCGAAUCUCUCCUACCACCAAGGAAAGCUCGCUCACAUAAACGUGUUAUGAUGGUUGAUGAUAGUGAAGAAGAGGAUGAAGAAGACUCUGAUAAUGACGCAGUCGAUGAUGAUCCUGAUGAUGAAGACUUUUAA